AUGGCAGGUGUAAAAUCAUUGGUGGGUCUAGCUUUUGCCGGAUCUAUAGGGAUGACUUUUUUGAUAUUGGCUUGCGCAUUACCAAAUUCGUGGUGGCCAUUUUUUGUACUUUUCUUUUAUUUUCUGGCAGCUGUGCCUACAGCGAUAGCUCAAAGGUGUAUAUCCGAAAGUUCAGGAGAUCCUUCUUCUUAUAUGAACCCUGCUAUAUUUUUAACUAUGGGCUGUGUCGUUUCUGCAUUCGCAUUGCCUAUUGUAUUAGCAAGGGCUCCUCAAAAUAUUAUUACAAUGACGGCUUGCUAUUUAACAGUCGCUGGAAAUGUAGUUAUAUUUCUCACAAUAUUGGGAUUUUUUAUGAUUUUUCAACAAGAAGAAUCAGGAUAUUACUAA